CAAGUCAGUCAUCUUUCACCUGUCAGCAUGUCCGGCAUAACCACAUUUCUGUGCCUUCCAAUCAUUGUUUCCCAUUUGCCCAAAGGCAUGUGUGUCACUAGACCGCAAACAUAACAUAGAUUAUUGGGUGCACACGUCCAACCGUAAAUCCGAAAUCCGUAAUCCGUAAUCCGUAAUCCAUAAACCGUGAACGUUACUCGUGCAAUCAAUCCGACAAUGUCCAGGAAGGGCAAUCAACUCAGCCCGCCAUCAAUCCGUCCAUCAUCGACCACACCAGACUUCAAUCAGAAGGGGCGCAGCGACAUGACAGCUCCUCCUCCGCAUCCGAACCCAAAGCCAGAGAAAAGCCGCAUCCUGGAGCUGCAUGCGGUUUUCCUGGGGCACGACACGCGCGGCGACAAUAAGAUAUCCAUCCGCCACCUGGGCGACUGUCUCCGUGCGAUGGGCGCCAAUCCCACGGAGGCGAUGGUCAGCAAACAUGUCCGCCUCUUUGAGGCCUCCACCAUGCAGCGCAUGUGCUUCGAUGAGGUGAUGGCUAUCUACUGUAGCCUUGGCAAGCACGGCGGCGUUUCCAGUCCCAGGAAAAAGCAGAUCGAGGAGCAGCAGUUCAUUUCCAGCCUGAGGCUCUUCGACACGGAUAAUUCCGGUUGGAUGCCCGCCAUUAGACUCCGGCGAAUUUUAACCGCGACCGGAGAAAGCAUGAGGAGCUUGGAAGUGGACGAGCUGCUGAGCGGCAGGAUCAACGAACAGGGCUUGGUCGACUACAAGCAGCUGAUUCAUGACAUUAUGCAUGGGUAACUUGGGGGAAUCGAUAGGAAGAGUCAUCUGGAGGAGCUGUGAAUGGCAUUCUUCCAUUGCCCGGCAAAAAAAUAUUUUUAGACAGGUGAAAUGCGUGUUUGAAUAAAUGUUUCUAUAAAAACCCCAAGA